AUGAUCUUGUCCAACCUGAGCGACUGCGCGCGGCACAACAGCGCGGUGUGUUCCGGAGCAGGAGCUUGGGAUGGGGACGAGUUGGACGCAGUCUCCGGGGAAGAACAGUCGCUGCGGCGCACGCUCAGCCCCACGGGGAACCUGGUGGUGGCCGUGUGCCUGGGCUUCAUCGGAACUUUCGGGUUUGUGAACAAUGUGCUGGUUCUGUUGCUGUUCUGCCGCUACAAGAUGCUACGAUCGCCCAUCAACCUGCUGCUCAUCAACAUCUCUGUCAGUGACCUGCUGGUGUGCACGCUCGGCACGCCGUUCAGCUUCGCCGCCAGCACGCAGGGACGCUGGCUCAUCGGCAAAGGAGGAUGUAUGUGGUACGGCUUCGCCAACUCUCUCUUUGGCAUCGUGUCCCUCAUCUCUCUGGCUGUCCUGUCCUAUGAGCGCUACAGCACCAUGGUGGCCCCCACAGAGGCCGACUCGUCUAACUACCGGAAGAUCUCUCUGGGCGUUGCACUCACGUGGCUCUACUCCCUGGUCUGGACCCUUCCACCGCUCUUCGGCUGGAGCAGCUACGGUCCAGAGGGUCCCGGGACCACCUGCUCUGUGAACUGGACAGCCAAGACCACCAACAGCAUGUCGUACAUCAUCUGCCUGUUCGUCUUUUGCCUUAUCCUGCCCUUUCUGGUCAUCGUCUUCUGCUAUGGAAAGCUGCUCAUAGCCAUCAGGCAGGCUGAGUGGCAGGAGGUACAGACGGAGGGGGCUCAGGGGGCUCGGGGCAGGGAAGAGGGGGAGGGGGGGGGGGGGUUGGGGGGGGGGGAGGAGAAGAGAGGAGCCGAGCAGAUGAAAGACGGCUGCUACUGUCGGGGGUCCUAA